CACGGAUUUGGACCGAUUCGGGGGGAGAUGUUAACAUGCAAUCGACCGAGAAGUUGUGGAGUUGUUGGCAGCUAUGGGUGAAGUAGUCAAGACGUGGAAGGCAGCAGCAGAGGAGCCCAAACACACCACAAACUCAGCCGACCGGAGUGCAACAGUACGCUGUGGAGCGCUCGCUUUCCUCACAGCCUAAAAAAAAAAACACAAAACAAUGGAAGACUGUCCCUGAUUUUACACGGAUCCUUCAUGAAGAGGAGAGAAUAAAGCGCUUCAGUGGAGCUGAGAUGGUCUGAGCACACUGUUACUGUUGCGGUUUGCUCGGAUCAUCUGGAACUAAAUCCAGAGGUCUGAUGGUAAAGUGAGAGGAUCGGUGUCAAACUGCGAGUAGAGAAAAUUAGGUUUAUUUGACAAAGCGUUGAUUUAAACACGCAGAGUGGCACCAUGUGGAGCCCGGGGACGUGGAUGUGGCGAGCGGCUGUGUGCUGCAUGCUUCUGGAAACAUUUCUGCACACUGCCAGAGGUCUCAAUAUAUGUAUGAGUGGCAGCGCUACAUCUUGUGAAGAAUGCCUCUUAAUUCACCCCAGUUGCGCCUGGUGCGCACAAGAGGAUUUCGUGAGGGGGCGGACUCUGACAUCACGCUGCGAUUUUAGUCAAAACUUGCGCAAGAGGGGCUGCGAGGUGCGGUUCAUCGAAUACCCCACCAGCAGCAUCUCCGUCCUGAAUAAUAGGCCUCUCAGUUCUAAAGGAUCUGGGUCGGCCCAGUACGAUGUCGUCCAGAUUAUGCCUCAGAAGAUCUCUGUCAGCCUGCGACCAGGAGACCAGACGUGGUUUGGGCUGCAGGUGCGGCAGGUGGAGGACUACCCGGUGGAUCUUUACUACCUGAUGGACCUUUCCCUUUCCAUGAAAGAUGAUCUGGACACUAUCCGUAACCUGGGCACCAAACUGGCCCUGGAGAUGGGCAAGCUCACCAGCAACUUCAGGCUGGGCUUCGGUUCCUUUGUGGACAAAAACUUGUCCCCCUUCUCCUACACGUCACCCAAAUAUCAGGAGAAUCCAUGCAGUGGAUACAAGCCGUUCCCCAACUGUGUCCCCACCUUCGGUUUCCGCCACAUCCUCUCACUGACGGAUAAAGUGGACCGUUUCAAUGAGGAGGUGCAGAAACAGAUGGUCUCUCGCAACCGGGACGCGCCAGAGGGUGGAUUUGACGCCAUCCUGCAGGCUGCUGUUUGUAAGGAUGAGAUAGGCUGGAGGAAGGAGGCCUACCACUUGCUGGUGUUUGCCACAGAUGACGUGCCUCACCUUGCUCUGGACGGCAGGCUUGGAGGCCUAGUCCAGCCUCACGAUGGACGCUGCCACCUUAAUGACAAGAACGAGUACAGCGCCUCAACUAGGAUGGAUUAUCCCUCUCUGGCGCUUCUCGGGGAGAAACUGGCAGAAAAUAACAUAUUUCUCAUCUUUGCGGUGACGAAACGGUUGUACAUUAUUUAUAAGAAUUUUACCGCACUCAUACCUGGAACUACAGUAGAAAUCCUGGACCAGGACUCUAAGAACGUCAUUCAGCUGAUCAUCAAUGCCUACAAUAAUAUCCGCUCUAAAGUGGAGCUGACAGUGUUGGACCACCCAGAGGACAUCGGUCUUUCCUUCACUGCCACCUGCCAGGAUGGACAGCCGCUGCCAGGUCUCAAGAAGUGUGCCGACCUAAAGAUAGGAGACACUGUAUCGUUUAACGUGAGUGUGGAGGCGAGAAGUUGCCCUCCUCGUGGCACCAACCAGAGCUUCAGCAUCAAACCCGUGGGGUUCAAAGACCGUCUGGAGGUGUUGGUGGAUUACCAAUGUGACUGCGGCUGCAGUCGGACAGCGAAGACCAACAGCAGCAUCUGCAGCUCCAUUGGUACAUAUAAUUGUGGGACUUGUCACUGCGAGCCGGGCUACCUGGGCGCUCGCUGCGAGUGCCAGGAGGGCGAGGCCAGCAGCUUGUACAUGAGCGCCUGCCGGGAAGCCGAGGGCAAGCAGAUCUGCAGCGGCCGCGGAGAGUGCAGCUGCAACCAGUGUCUGUGCUACGAGUCUGAGUUUGGCAAGAUCUAUGGCAGCUUCUGCGAGUGCGACGACUUCUCCUGUGCCCGACACAAAGGCAUCCUCUGCUCAGGUCAUGGGGAAUGUCACUGUGGGGAGUGCAAGUGCCACGCUGGAUACAUCGGCGACAACUGUAACUGCUCCACCGAGACGGCAUCCUGCAUUGCAGACGACGGGCAGAUGUGCAGCGGGCGAGGCAACUGCAUGUGCGGCCGCUGCCAGUGUACAGAGCCGGGGGCCUUUGGAGACACCUGUGAAAAAUGCCCCACCUGCCCUGACGCCUGUGGUACUAAAAGAGAAUGUAUCGAGUGUCGGCUUUUCAACUCAGGACGGCUCGCAGACAACCAGACUUGCCAGCGCCUGUGCAAGGAUGAAAUCAUCACUGUGGAGACCCUCAAUACUGAGGACCCCGGUGCUGUGCUUUGUCUGUAUAAGACAGACAACGAUUGUGUGAUGAAGUUCACAUAUUCUGAGCACGCCAGCGGACAAUCCGUCCUCACAGCCCUUAAAGAGGCAGAGUGUGGUGGCGGACCAGGUGCCAUGAUGGUGUUGCUGGCUGUGGUGGGCAGCAUCCUGCUGGUGGGAGUGCUGCUGCUAGCUGUCUGGAAGCUGGCCAUCACCAUUCAUGACCGCAGAGAGUUUGCACGCUUCCAGAACGCACGCUCACGUGCCCGAUACGAGAUGGCCUCCAACCCUCUGUACAAGCAGCCCACCUCUACACAUUUCGUAGAAACGGAUUUCGACAUGUUCGGGAAGUCUUACAAUGGAAGGGUCCACUGAUCCCUCAGCACGGGGCGCGGCAGGACCGGUCCAGCGAAUCAGAUCCCCGGAGGCCAAGGCGGACUGACUGAACACACUUAUCCCUCUGCACGGUCCACAACUGAUAACAGACGUGAAAUGAACUAGACUAUGUCUGAGAGAGGAUCCCGUGGCCUUUUUUUUUUUUUUUUUUUGUCUUUACGGAGGAGGUCCGUAAGCCUUCCACAAAGAAGUGACUUCUUUUUCUUCUGCGUUCGUGUUUUCACUGGUGGCAGUCUGCAGAGGAGCAGCGAAGCAUCAACUCCUGCAUC